AGGUAUGUUCUCCCUGUCAGUGAUGGUGGGACUGGUCCCAAUAGUGUCUCUCUUUGGUUUGUUCUACUCUGCUGCGGUGGAUGAUAACUUCCCUCAAGGUUGCACCAGCAGCAACAGUCUGUGUUUCUACAGCCUGCUGCUGCCAGUCACCAUCCCCGUCUACGUCUUCUUCCACCUCUGGAGCUGGAUGGGGAUCAAGCUCUUCAGGCACAACUAGGUCAUCUUGACUCUACUGUUCAAGCAAAAAUGGAAACACUUUGAUACCAUUAAAGCGUCUACCACUGACACACUGUA